AUUGUUGGCUGACUCUACUCCGGCGAGGGCGUACCGGUAGUACGGUACCGGUAUACUGCAUGCACUGGUAAUUGAGAAAUUUGUUGGUACCGGUAUGUGUGAUUGAACUCGAUUUUGCGAGGUUAUUUUCUAUGGAGCAAAUUUAGCACAUAAUACAUCGAUUGGCUACAAUCUAAGCGAAAAUCGAGAAGGCCUUAGGUCCCCAUUUUACAUAUUUUCGUUUGACUUGACGGCCGACGGAGAGCUCGGAUCGACUUCCUGGUUCCAGUUGCAAUUAAUUAGGAUAGGAGCAGCAAAGGACUCAGGAGCGGGGAUCAUGGAUGACUUCUCGGGCCCCAGUCCGCUAAGGAUGCGGUGUCGUAUUGCCUUCGCAGUCACUGGACUUAUUGUUGGGCUGGCCAUCUUUAUUUGCUUCAUCGCUGCUGAACAAUUUUAUAAUCUACACAUCGCUCUGUGGGGAUUAGCAAGUGGAGUAUUUGCUUUUCUCACACUCACUGUUCACAUCCAACAUAUGAGAGGACAUCGAGACCUUUGGGUUUAUCGACUUAAAUUCUUCAUCGUUCUUGGAUUCUUUGUCCAGCUUGGUUCAUUGAUUGCCUUGGUUACAUAUGUGGUACUUGGAGCUGUCAGAGGACAAGAUCUGAUGCCAGUAAACGGAAAUGACAAGGGUUUCUAUCUUGCAGCAGUAUGGGUGUUCAUGACCUGGAAGUGGUCCUUUGCUCUGUUCAUUUACUCAAGGUCAUACAGGAAAGGCUAUGUUACAAGUGAUGAGAGUCUCUUGAUUUAAAGGAUCCAUUAAACAGGGUAUGAUAAAAACAUGUGCUUAUAUAAAAAGCAAAGCAUCAUUUACAUCACCUCAUGAUACCAUUAUACAAAAGUUUAUUCAAAUGCACAACAUUCUUGAUUGACGAGAAAUGAUUCUCCAAGACAUUGGAAAGUUAUAUAUUUGGCAUUUUGCUGUUGAUGUGUGUGUAAACACUAUUUAAUGUACCGGUACACAUGCUCAUUGGCUUAUCACAAAUGCUACAUGAAGGGUUAAACGUACUCUCAAAGUAUCUUCAGCAAUGAAUAAGGGACUUAAUAUGCAGAAAAGGCAAAAAGAAAUAUAUGCCUUUUUAUAAUUAUGCAACACUUCAAUAUUGAUCACCUUGGAAUAAUAUGUUCCUUUUGUAUUACAACUUUGCUUGUAUGCAUUACUCAAAAGAAAGAUUCAUUCAUCCUGCCAUGGUUUAAAGGACAAGUCCACCCCAGAAAAAUGUUGAUUUGAAUAAAUAAAGAAAAUUAAAACAAACAUAACGCUGAAAAUGUCAUCAAAAUCGGAUGUAAAAUAAAAAAGUUAUGGCAUUUUGAAGUUUCGCUUAUUUUUCACAAAACAGUAAUAUGCACAACUCAGUGACAUGCAAAUGGGUCAGUCGACGAUGUCCAUCACUCACUAUUUCUUUUGUUUUUUAUUGUUUUAAUUAUAAAAUAUUUCAUUUUUUACAUAUUAUGACAAUAAUGACCAACUUGACUGAACCAUAUUUAUUUAACAAUGCUAAUUCCACAUGUUCAGGGAGGAAUUAAUCGAUGUUUCCCUUGACAAUGUAAAGAAAAUUAGAUUAUUUCAUAUAAUAAAAUACAAAAGAAAUAGUGAGUGGAUGACGUCAUCGGUCUCCUCAUUUGCAUACCAACCAGGACGUGCAUAUAACUGUUUUGUGAAAUUAAGCAAAAUUAAAAAAUGUCAUAACUUUCUUUUAAUAUUUUACAUCCGAUUUUGAUGAAAUUUUCAGUGUUAUGCUUGUUGGAUUUUUCUCUUUUUAUUCAAAUCAACUUUUUGUUGGGGUGGACUUGUCCUUUAAGUAACUAGCCGUAUGUCUUUGCCUUUUAUUUGACCUGUAUUGAACCAUUAUUUCAUUCAUUUCAUAGAGAUAUAAUUUUCAUUAGAACAAGGGGUGUUUCUUAAAGCUGUUUAGGAGUAUAAGCAACUGGAAUAUUAAGUGCCAAGAGCCACAGUUAUUUACUGAAUCGAUGAUACAAAGUAUCCCAUCGUUUCCUGUGCUUCGGUUUCACAUGCAGACGUGCACUUUUUAAAACAAUCUUUUGGUCCUCUAUGAACUGCCAUACAGCAUUACAUGUGCUUUGGUCAGUCCAAGAAUUAAUAGCAUUUCAGCAAGAAUUACAAUUUUUUGUCAGAAUCUCUGUUAUGUUUGUGUAAAAGAGCUUAAAGCUACAUGUAUAUAAAGAAAGAACAAAACAGUAAAAUUGUGUGAAAGUCUCAGAGUAUUAUUGCUUAAUAUUAAUGAGAUAUAUGCAAACAUUUUGUUUUGCAAUGUAAUUUGUGUUUGUAUUUUUAGAUGGGGUAAUGUGAGACUCACUUUGAAAUGAAGGAAAUUUACCAAGAUGUACAUGUACAUGGACCUGUAUUGUUACAGACAGCCAGGUACAGCUUAUUUAUUACUAUGGAAAUGUUUUUGUACGCAGAUGUUUCUAUAAUUGACCUAUGGAAUGUAUGACAUUGUACUUUAAAUCAAUUUAAAACUUUCAAUGAUGUAUUGCAGUGGCGUACCAUGGGUCACUGUUUUUUUUUUUGUCAGCUGAUUGGGGUGACACAUCCCCCUCCCAUAGUUACGCCACUGCCCUGAUUUAUCUCAAAGUCAUCAUAUGACACCCUUGUGGUAAUCCUUUAAUAAUAAUUCUUUAUUAAAAAUGUAUUUUGUAUGUUUUGUUUGGGAAAACUUUUGCUUUGUUCUGUUCUUUCAUUUUAGUGGUUUCCUCACACAUGAUAUGAUUCUUAUGCAUUCUUAUGCGACAUUGAAUUAUUUUACUUUGUUAUGCUCUUGAAUUUCCAUCCAAAAGUAGGCCUAUCAUACACUUUUCUAUUUGUACUUCAUUGUGUGUUGCGUAUCAUCAGUAAGCACUUACAUUGUACACAUUACAUAAUUGCAGUCUACAUACAAAGUAUUUUUUAAGUUUAUACAUUUGUAGGCACUUGUGUAUGUAUUAUCAGAUUAUUUAAUGGCUGGUUUUUAUUUUUGUUUAACUCCUUAGAAAGAUCAAAUCUUCAAUUGAAAAAGUAUAUUAUGUAAAAGUAUUGUGAUAAUUUACAUGUUUGAGAUGUACUUGUAUGUAUUUGUGAUUAAAUGUGUCAGGAAAUCU